UCAUGCAACUUUCCACAAACAGUUGCCACGUGACUUACCAAAAUCUCUUUCUUUUUGAAAUGUUAUUAUCGUCUCUGUUUCGUCUAUCCGUCACCUUCAACUAUUUUGUUGAAAUCACAAAUUUAAAAUAAAUAUUGUAAGAAUUCGAUUAUUUGUCUUGUUUUGUUUUAUGAGCAGUUUUCUGGCAACACUUGAAGGACUGUAUGAGGUGACUGUCAAGCUGAUUGCAGUGCGGGCUGUAUCACCAGGUGUGUUUGACAUGAAAAAAGAGGUAUGAAGUUUUGGGUUCCUAUUAACGAAUACAUUUCACGCAACUGAUUAUCAUGCAGUUAUAUUUAUAGUUCAGAUUUCCAAAUCCUGGUAUUCAGGAAUAGUAAUCUACGGUCAUGGCACAUUGAUUACAUCAUGUGCAUUGCUUGAAGGCACUAAUAUUAAUAACAAGAGCACAUCGAUUAACAAAAAUAACAAAGCACGAAUACAGGAAACCGCGUUUGAAGUCUUUUGAUGGAGUGUAACCUCACCUGAAGUGUGGGUACUGUGGAGGCCGGCGGGAUGGGAACAAUGUAGAAGUGACAAUCUAGUGACAAUGCGCUGAGACUGAUAAUAUCAGUACACUCCCAGCAGCACGUGGCGAACAAGGUGAUAGAUUAUUCUUGAGGAUUUUUUUUUUUCUGAAUGAAAGGCAAGAUAAGAUAGCUAACAUUAUCUUCGUUCAUUUUGGUGUUUGAAUUUUGUUAUCUACGUUUUUAUCGCAUAUUUCUUUUUCACAGUUUUAGCUUGGGUGCUUAUUUCUGCAGCUGCAAAUCUAUCCCUGGUGAUCCUUAGGACGUAUAUCGAGAAGGUGUUCUCCCUAAAUCUGCAGUUAAAAAGGAGACUUCUGAGGCGCAUGGCCAAGACUGGAGCACAGGACUAUUAAUAAAAUAAAAGAUGUAGGCCCUGAGUUAUGACGUCACAGGUAAACACCGGACGCGACCCUUGCUUGCGGAUGGAGGAGUUCGUUCCUCUUUUGAUAGGCUCUGUUUUAAAACUACAAGAUGAGCAACAAAAUUUUGAACUUCAACGUAGGUGUGCUGGGACAUGUCGACAGUGGCAAAACAUCCUUAGCCAAAGCCCUUAGUACUGUAGCCAGCACUGCCUGUUUUGACAAGAACCCUCAGUCGAAGGAGAGAGGAAUUACCAUUGAUCUUGGGUUCAGCUCAUUUCUCGUUGAUGCCUCAGACAGCAUUAGGGAUGCUGGCUACGAAAAGACUCAGUUCACAUUGGUUGACUGUCCAGGGCAUGCAUCUCUCAUCAGGACCAUUAUUGGUGGGGCACAGAUUAUUGAUGCAAUGAUGUUGGUUGUGGAUGUCACGAAAGGCAUGCAGACCCAAACAGCAGAAUGCCUUGUUAUUGGUGAGAUUUUGUGUGAUCACUUGCUUGUUGUAUUAAAUAAAGUUGAUUUAUUGCCUGCAGAAAAACAGAAGGCUGGCAUUGAGAAGAUGACAAAGAAAAUCUUGCUAACUCUCCAGCAGACUAAAUUUGCCAAUGCUAAAGUGAUCGCAGUAGCAGCAAAGCCUGGUGGGCCGGAAGCACCUGAUGUAGAACCAGUUGGUGUAAAGGAACUUAUUGAAUCACUAACUGCAUUUUCUUAUGUUCCUAAGAGAGAUGCAGUUGGACCUUUUAUUUUUGCAGUAGACCACUGCUUUAGCAUAAGAGGCCAAGGGACAGUCCUCACUGGUACAGUACUUCAGGGAGCUGUUGCCAUAAAUGAUAAUAUUGAAAUUCCAAGUCUCAAGAUCACAAAAAAGGUUAAAUCAAUGCAGAUGUUCAGAAAACCUGUUGAGAAAGCAAUACAAGGAGACAGAGUUGGAAUAUGUGUGACACAGUUUGACCCAAAACAGCUAGAAAGAGGGGUAGUUGGUACACCAGGGCUCAUCCAAACUGCAUAUGGUGUUCUUGCUGAAGUAGAGAAAAUCAAUUAUUAUAAACUUUCCAUUGAGACAAAAGCCAAGUUUCACAUUAGUAUUGGUCAUGAGACAGUUUUAGCUAAAGUUUCGUUCUUUGGAACUGAAGAUAAACUUGAAACAAAAGAUGGAUUUUUGUAUGAUCUUAAUUACAAACAUCAAAGUGAGUUAAUACCUCUAAAAUCUCUUGAUCAGGAAGCUACUUACAAACCACAGCAUCAAUUUGCUGUCAUAGAAUUUGAAAGACCAAUUCAGAUAACACCUAAUUCAAUGCUAAUUGGUUCUAAGCUGGACUUGGACGUCAACACAAAGUUGUGUCGCCUUGCUUUCAAAGGGAAACCCCUUGAAAUCUUCACUGACAAGAACUAUCAUGACACCCAACUCGAAAAAGUAAAAGUAUACAAAAACAAAAGUAAAGAAGGUAUUGUAGAGAGAAUGACAAAUGAGUAUGAAGUCAUUGUCAAAAAUCUGUUGAAGAAAGACACAAAUAGCCAGCUGUUCAUUGGUCUUAAGGUAAAGUUCUCGACUGGGGAAGAUGGUGUGAUUGAAGGGACUUUUGGACAAGGUGGUAAGAUAAAAGUCAGAGUGACUGAUGGUUUGCAAGAUAAAACUAAAGAUUCGUUAAAAAAACUAUCAGGUGGAAAGAAGAAAGGAAAAGGGGCCCAGGAAAACCAGAACCCAAGUGAAAAUAUAGAACCAGUGAGAGUUGUUCUUAAUUUUAAAAAGUAUAUGUAUAGUAAUACAAAGAAGAUUGUUCAGACGUGAAAUUUAUAUGUCUAAUGCAGCACAGUAUAUUUGUAUAUUUUUGUCAGCUAUAAUGAAUGUCUGUCUUGACCUUUCUACAAAGAAGCAACAGUUCCUUAUAUGAUGUAAGCUAUCAAAGAAAUACAUUUGAUUAAUUCUGAAUGGUGAAAGGUGUUCAGUAAAAUAAAUUAGGUAUCAUGAUUCAUGAUAUAUAAGAAUUUCAAAUUUAAAAAUUAUGACUUGGAAGAUGUAGUUGAAUUUUUGUUUAUCUGUAUAACUGUUUGGGUUUGUUUUUAUGUGAAUUUGUUGUGGUGUACUGAUUAUUUUUAUUACUUUUUAUAAUGAGUAUAUAAGUGAUAGACUUUCCUAACUAGUUUCAAAUAUUUUGAUUUUUCCAUUUAGUUUUGCCUUUUUGUACCCUGGAAAUUAGUAAGGUACCCCACAGGGAUAAAAUGAAACAGUAAGGAGGGCACAGUCCAUUAAAUUCAGGAAUAAAAGUAUAGAUGUUGGGCUUUUUUUCAUAAUUAUCCAUUGUUUAAUUAAGAAGUGGUUUACACCCAUAUUGAACUUCAUAAGUUUUCUGCAUGUUGCUUAUUUCUGUUAGCAGAUGGUUUAAUUGAGCCCUUGCCCUUACUGCCAAGCAUCAGAUGUAUAAUGGCAGAUUUUGUACUGUGGUCGUUUAUUAAAUGGCUUAUAGUUUGCA